AUGGAAAACAAGCUUGAAGCAAAAGACAAAAGCAUUCAGAAAAGAAUACCACGUUCGGUACCAAAAGGAAAGGAAAAGAACUAUAAGUAUAUGAUUUAUACUGAAGAGAUGGAAAAUGAAGAAGAUAAAGAUAUGGUUAUGUUGCAUUUAGUCAGAAGAAACAACAAAAGCUUUUACGACCUUGCUAAGAUUUACAAAUCUGACAGAAAUUGGUUCUAUCGCGAAAACUUACCGAUUUCAAUGACCCCAAAUGAAGAUGUGAAACAAAUAGUUCAAGAUACUUUACCUCAAACACACUAUGACAUCAAAGGUUGUACAAUACUUACCUUCAAAGAAGAUUUGCCAUUGUUAAAGGAAAAAAUAACAGAGUAUUUUGACAACUUCAAACAAGUAGAGUAA